AUGAGGGUCUUGGCCCUCUCAAACUCCUUACCCACACUCCCACCAUCCCCAUCCACAUCCGAGACUCCAAAGCCUCCAAUCCUCUGCAAUUUCAUCACCACCCACAACAAUAUCACCAAUUGUGCUAAGAAAUCCCUUAGUUUAGCUCUCUCGGGAGCUCUCUCCUUCGGCCUUCUCUUCUCGUCCCCCUGCUCCAUUGCAUUGGAGUCUCCAACAAUUCAGUCACCUUCUUCUUCUUCUGAGCUCUGCCGCGAGGACGAGCGAAUAGAGAAGGCUGAGACUCGCCCCAGAGUGGUGACGAACGAAGGGAUAGUAGAGGAAGCUUGGGAAAUCGUCAAUGACAGCUUUCUCAACACCGGUCGCCAUCGCUGGUCUCCCCAAACGUGGCAGAAAAAGAAGGAAGAUAUUCUGAACACUUCCAUUCCGACGAGGUCAAAGGCUCAUGAUAUCAUCAGACGAAUGUUGGCAAGCCUGGGUGAUCCGUAUACGCGUUUUCUUUCCCCCGAAGAGUUCUCCAAGAUGGCAAGGUAUGACAUGAGUGGUAUUGGACUAAACCUUAGGGAAGUUCUGGAAGAUGAUGGUGAUUUAAAACUGAAGGUGAUAGGACUCCUGUUGGAUGGCCCUGCGCAUUCUGUUGGUGUUAGACAGGGGGAUGAAGUGUUAGCUGUCAAUGGAGUAGAUGUGAAAGGCAAAUCAGCCUUUGAAGUAUCAUCUUUGUUACAAGGCCCGAAUGAAACAUUUGUGACUAUUAAGGUCAAGCAUGGCAAUUGUGGGCCUAUUCAAUCCAUUGAAGUCCAGAGACAACUUGUUGCUCGAACCCCAGUGUCAUAUCGUUUGGAGCAAAUUGACAAUGGAACUACUUCUGUUGGCUACAUGCGCUUAAAAGAGUUCAAUGCAUUGGCUAGAAAAGACUUGGUGAUUGCAAUGAGGCGACUUCAGGAUAUGGGAGCCUCAUAUUUCAUUCUCGAUCUAAGAGACAACCUUGGUGGACUCGUACAGGCUGGAAUUGAGAUCGCCAAACUCUUUCUAAAUGAGGGGAAGACGGUGAUAUAUACCGCUGGAAGGGAUUCACAGUACCAAAACACCAUUGUUGCAGAUGCUGCACCAUUGAUUACAGCUCCUGUUAUUGUUUUGGUGAACAACAAAACUGCUAGUGCUAGUGAAAUUGUUGCUUCUUCGCUGCAUGAUAAUUGUAGAGCUGUCCUUGUGGGGGAAAGGACUUAUGGCAAGGGUUUGAUUCAAUCUGUAUUUGAACUUCGUGAUGGAUCUGGUGUGGUUGUUACUGUUGGGAAGUAUGUAACUCCAAAUCACAGGGACAUAAAUGGCAAUGGAAUAGAGCCCGAUUAUCGAAAUUUCCCAGCUUGGGGUGAUGUCAAGCAGCAUCUUAUUAAGUGCGGUAAGCUUCAGCAAGGAUGAAACAAAGGUUACAGUCUUCUUAUUUAAGCUUCAGCAGCAUCUCUUUCUAGAUUUAGGUGGGUAAUCUAACGUAAAGACAUCUUCAUGUGAACCCUGCCUUAUUUUUCUUGAAAUUUGUCUGUGAAAGUGUGAUAGAAUAAGUUGCUGACUUGCCAUAUGGCUCGUGCUUUUUGAGCAUACGCAUAUGGUGCUCUAUACUUCUGUUUGCUUUGCUAUAAAGUGCACAAGUUCUGAGA